AUGGCAAACAAUCAAGAAUCAGAGCCUUUGAGUCCUAUUGACAACGACUUGUUUCACUCUUAUACUCGCUAUAAGUUGUGUCAAUUGGCGGAGAGCACGUCUCUCUGGACUUGCAGCCAAGAAAAGGAUGCCAUGCUCAAUAUACUAGCUCAAUUCGAAAAAAUCGAUGGUAAUACUUUGCGCAUGAUGGUCAACCAAAUCUUUGAGAACUCGGCUCAAACGUACAGCUUUAGUGACACAAACAAAGAGCCUCUGGGCUUUCAAGAAGAAUCAAGUGGCGCUUAUCAUCUCGAAAACCUUCCCUCUCCGCCUGGCACUGUCAUUGCUGAAGUAUUCGACAGUGAAGCAAUACAAAACAAACCAUGGACCACUCGCACAAUCACUAGCAUAACACGCCAAAAAAGACCAAUGGUCAUUCGAGAGCCUUCUCUCGCAAAGAAGAGCAAGGCAACUGACCGUAUCAUUGAAAAAUUGAAGAACCUCAUGUCAAGAACAAAUUUGGAAGAGCUUGGCAAUCUAACAGACCAUGUUGAACGCAGUAAAUAUGUCAUCUUGACCAGGAUGAGACGCGUAAGCACCAGUUUCAAGUUCAAGGCAUCUACUGUAACUGCAAAUUACUUGCUCCAUGUAUCAAAUUCCUUUGGUGAUCCUCGAAGCCCAAUGAGUAUGUGCCAGAUGAACCUCAUUGCUUAUCGAUUCGGCAAGCUGCUUGAACAAGGAAGAUUUCAUUCAAAGGACGGAAAAAGGAAAAAGGCUGAAUUAGAGUGCUAUCAAAUCAUCAAAGAAGAGUUGAACGCUCAUGGAAAACGAAUAGCUACACCUGUUUACAAGUAUGCUAGAUAUGCUCAAAAUGUUGUGGAGGCUGCAGAAAAGAUUGGCGUAUAUGUCUUGUUCAUUCCUGAGAUUUUGACACCUUACGCAUUGCAAGCUAUCAGUCGCAACAACUUUCCAAUUCUUCAGAAAUGUUUGAAUGUAAAAUGUGCAGGGUUUAAGGAAAUUGCUCGCUUGGAUCAUGAUGGGAACCUGAUCAUGGCAGAAAUGAACUAUUCUCGUAAACAUAUUGACAAGAGCUAUCGUCGCACGAAGAGCAAAUUCUUGAAUAGUUGUGCCUGA